UUGAUGCAUCCACGUCGCGCGUCCUCUCGUCGACCUCUUUGCCUAUAUACCACACAGAUCAUCACCGGCCGAUGCACCCGCCGACCUCUCUUCUCCAUCAUACCACGCACUAACACCGAUCGACACACGCCGAGGCGCAAAAAGGAUUCCAUGAUCGCUAUUGCCGGCGCGGUGGUCGCCGGUGUGGCAGCCGCGGCCACGGCGGGGAUUCUUGCCUUGGCGUCGUCGCGCGGCGACCGGCCCGAGGAUGCCACGAGCGCCGUGGCGGCGGCGGUUGUGCCCCAGGAGUGCGCGGUGUGCCUGUCGGAGCUGGUCGGAGCGGCGGAAUUCUCCGGCGACUCUGAGCCAUCGGCGGUGCCGGUACGCGUGCUGCCGGGCUGUGGGCACUGGUUCCACGACGAGUGCAUCGGCAGGUGGCUGCUGCUGCGCCCAGAGUGCCCGCUGUGCCGCUGCCCCGUGGUCACCGCGGACAGUCGGCUAGGCAGGAAGGCCGUGGUGCCUGCCGUGCCGCUGGCGGAGGCCGCGCCUGCCUUGUCGCGGCCGGCUAGGAUCGCGUGCGGCUUCGGCGACGGGAGGGUCCUGUGGACGCGUAGCCCACCCGUGGCAUUGUAAACGGCCGUGUGAGGAAGGUCAUCUGAUUACUUGAGGAUUAGUGAAACCAAAGUGGAACGAGUGCUUCAAGAUUUCACAUUACCCUUGGUUGAGGGUGUGGAAUCGGAUUCAUAUGUGUCUAUCAUCAUUGCUUUGUCCUCGUUUCAUGUGCAAAAUACUUGCGGAUAUUUCAUACGUAUUUAUUCGAGAGCUUGUCACUUUAUCACACGGGUGAAUCGUAGGCUUCCUUUUUAAAUAAAAAUAAAAAUGUACAAUAGGCA